AAGAUGGCGGUGAAAGCAUAUGCUGUAGAUGAUUUAGUACAGAGUGUUACAUUAUAUACAUCUCGCCGUCUUUUGUUUCAUGGCUAUGUUGGACCAUUUGUCAUAUUUUAUCUCAUAUGGUUUUACAUAUGGGCAUUUCGUUAUGGAGUUUCUGAGUAUUUUGAAGCCGGCAUGAUAGCUGUAGCCAUCAUAGGAAUUUUCCAAAUUUUAACUUGUCUGUUUUGCCAUUGGUCUGUUCAUAUACAGUGUUUACUCUCUUGUAAUAGACAAACUGAUGUGUUAAAGGCAUGUUAUGUGAAAGUUGUUCCAACACCAAAUAAUGGUUCUUCUGAACUAGUACAUCUUCAUCAAUCUAAGGAUGAAGAAGGUGUAAAUGUCUGGUUUAAGUUUCAGAAGACUAAAUAUUUGUAUGACUUUGAUAAGAAGUCUUUUCGUGGCUUAUCAUUUUCAGAUAAUCUUCCAUUUAAAUAUUACCAAGAAUGUAAAGGUUUUGCUGAUGAUUCUGAACUGAAAUCAGCUGAAAGCAAAUAUGGAAAAAAUGAGUUGGAAAUGGUUGUACCUGAGUUUAUGGAAUUGUUUAAAGAACGAGCAACUGCACCUUUUUUUGUAUUCCAAGUAUUCUGUGUUGCUCUAUGGUGUUUGGAUGAAUACUGGUAUUAUAGCGUGUUUACACUUAUCAUGUUAAUUGCUUUUGAAUGUACUCUUGUACAGCAACAGUUACGGAAUUUGUCCGAGAUUAGAAAGAUGGGAAAUAAGCCUUAUUCAAUACAGGUUUACCGUAACAGAAGAUGGAGGCCUAUUCCAAGUUGUGAUUUGGUACCUGGUGAUAUAGUUUCUAUAGGAAGAUCUCAGCAUGAUAAUUUAGUUCCCUGUGAUUUAGUUUUACUGCGAGGACCUUGCAUUGUUGAUGAAUCUAUGUUAACUGGGGAAUCAGUACCACAGAUGAAAGAACCUAUUGAAGAAUUAGAUCCUAAUGAUGUUUUAGAUUUAGAUCAGCAUGGCCGUUUACAUAUAUUGUAUGGGGGAACCAAAGUUCUUCAGCAUACUCCACCAGGAAAAACUAGUCCUGGUCUGAAAGCUGCUGACAAUGGCUGUGUUGCAUAUGUUCUGAGAACCAGUUUCAACACUUCUCAAGGGAAAUUGCUGAGAACAAUUCUGUUUGGUGUAAAGCGUGUCACUGCUAAUAAUCGGGAGACAUUCUGUUUCAUACUUUUCUUACUUGUAUUUGCAAUUGCUGCAUCUGCUUAUGUAUGGAUUAAAGGUGCAGAAGAUCCUAAACGGAACAGAUAUAAGUUAUUUUUGGAGUGUGCAUUAAUAUUAACAUCUGUUGUACCACCUGAGCUUCCAAUAGAACUUUCCCUGGCUGUAAAUACUUCACUGCUGGCACUAUCAAAAUUAUAUGUAUAUUGUACAGAACCAUUCCGAAUUCCUUUUGCUGGGAAAGUUGAAAUAUGUUGCUUUGAUAAAACUGGAACUCUUACUAGUGAUAACCUAGUAGUUGAAGGUGUUGCAGGCUUAGAUAAGAGUGGAAAGGUGUGUUCCAUAAAUGAAAUACCCUCAGAAACUGUACAGGUCCUUGCAACAUGUCAUUCUCUAGUUCAAAUGGAUGAUGGUAUUGUAGGAGAUCCACUGGAAAAAGCAACUUUGACUGCUGUUGAAUGGAAUCUCACUAAAGGUAAUUUAUUUUCAGUACUAGACAAUAUACAGUAA